UGCGUUUCAAAAGCCGCAACGAUGAGUGACGAACAAACGAGUGAGCAAAGCCCGACCACGGAGUUGUCAUCGAAUGAUAUAGAAAAGAUAGAGGAAGCAAAGUUAAGGGCAAAAUUUCCAAAUACAGCUGGCCGGCCGUUUGGUGGUCAUUCCGUGUUUUUGCAGAAAAGAUUGGCUAAGGGGCAAAAAUACUUUGAUUCUGGGGAUUAUCAAAUGGCAAAACAAAAAUCUACGGCCAAGCCAAAGCCAGCUGGUGUUUUGCCAACAGGAGAUGCUAUACCAACACCCGAAACAGUACCACAGCGAAAAACAUCCAUAAUCCAACAAAAAUUUAAUACAUCAACUGCUUCAUAAGAUGCUUCUCUCAUCCUUUUAAAUUACACUUUGUUAAUUAGUGUUAUGUUUAGAUGUUGAAAUAAUAUGGUAUAGUCAUAUAUAAUCAGAAGUUUGAAUGACUCUAUGUCUGGUCAUUUUUUUAUAAAAAUCUUAUGUAAAAGACAUGUUAUAAUACUAUGGAAACCUUGUAUCUUUAGUAAACUAAUUAUUUUCUAGCUGCUUGAGGAAAACAUUUGUAAUAUUGUUAAAAAUAGUAAUUUGUGUGUAUAUGCGACAGUGACCUUUAAAUUUUGUAAUUUAUUCAAGUGAAUGUGAGUCAAUAUUGGCUU